AUGGCAUCUCAUCAAGCACCCCUGUUCAUCAAGAUCAAGCACGCCGACUCGACCCGGAAAGUCCAGGUGCCUAACCAGCCUGCGCCAGUCUGGUCGAAACUUUCGGCAGCUAUCGUCGAGAGGUUUGGGAUCCCAAAGGAACAGCCGAUCGGAUUGGAAUACGUCGACCCUGAGGGCGACAUUAUUACCAUCUCCUCUCAAGUCGAGUUUGACGAACUUUGGGAUGAGAUCACUCUUGCUGCUCAAUCCACCCGCAAAGGCGGUGUCGAACAAAGAACCCUCACUCUACUGCUCGUCCUCAUCGGUCGUCAAUCACCUCAACCCACACAGCCUAGUGACCGUGCUCAAGGUCAUCCGAUAGUGGCUGGAUCAGCUACGGCAGCAGCGCCCACUGCUAACGUUGAUGAUUCAGGCGUUGAUGCUUCAACAUCCGACCCACCCGAAUACCCGAUCAACACAUCGCCCUCCCCCAUCAGUCAACCCCCUCUGGCAGACCCGAGCCUUGGUCUGUCUGCCUUGAUUACCGCGAUCGAUACGAUCGCCCCCAAGCUACAAGACACUCUUGGUGGCUAUGCACAGAUGAUUGUCCAAGUGGCCGAUCAGCUCAGCGAUACCUGCCAGGUCAUUGCCAGCCGUUUACAACAGGAGCCUUCCGUCCAAACGGGCCCGAUCCCUCGAGCAAAGCAUUCCGAAGAUAUACUUGCUCGGGCUCGCUCAACUGACAUGUUCGCUCCGCCUCCAAAUCCGCCUCACCCGCCUUUCGGCUUUGCACCACACCCAGCCCGGAACGAAAACGGCCCUAGUGGUCUCUCGGCGGCCACGGCCUUGCCGUGCAACUCGCCUCUCGACCACCUUUGGUUUACGAGAGCGGCGGCACGCAAUAAUUACCCAGUGCCCGAUUCACACAAUCAUGCAAGCUUCCGACCAAACGAAUUUGUCCCGCCCUUCGCACCCGUCACCCCAAGACUGCCCAGAAAGAGUCCUUUCGAAGAGGCCAGUUUCGGAUGUCUACAGGGAAAAGACCGACAUAACCCCCCGACCUUCUUCCCCGAAGACCCUACCCAUGAAAUCUACGAGGGUUACAGACCCUACAGACCCAAUUGGCUCCUGUCCGAGUCGGCCAGAAACUCUCCCAAUUUGCCUGACAAGGCCCACAACGGAUUGGGAGGCUUUGGAGACGUCCGCGGACAAGGUCGAAGCAGCCCCGCCUCGCACUUCGCAAAUGAAUGUCCUGCUCAGAAGAGCAACAUCAGAUUCGGUGGCGCGGGUAUCGAGAAGUCACGAGACGAAGAGUGCUCCAGCUUCAGACCGAUGUUCAACCCCGCCUCACAUUUCGCACAUGCCUGUCCUGCUCCGAAUAGCAACAUCGGAUUCGGAUUUGGAGGCGCAGGUAUCGAGAAGUCACAAGCAAAAGAGUGCCCCAGCUUUAAACCGAUGUUCCGAAAUCUCAACGUUUCCAGCCUCGCCGAUAAGCAUAACCAUCCAAGCAAGAAUCCCUUCGGGGAUGCGAAUUUCGGAAGCAACCCCUCGGUCUUCUUCCCUUGCGAUUUUGAGAAGAUACACCCCAACAGUUCCUACGGAGGUAUAAUUCCUGCUGGAGUAUUCGGCCCGCACCCGAUCUUGGCCAAAAACGCCACAAACGUGCCUGGCAAAACCCACCUUGGGAAGAGCAAGAGCAAACUUGAAAGUGCAGAUAUCGAGAAGUCGCCGGAGGCGGAGCUAAAAGAUCGUAGCACUUCCAUUCUAGCCAACCAGGACAUCUUGGGUGGCCUCGGUCGGGAUAACGCGGCAAGACGAUCACCUGCUCCUUCAUUGACCCUUCCCAACUCAUGUGAUCACCCUAAGAAGAAACACUCUGUCGCUUCUUCGGAUGAUGAUGACAACUGCAGCUGGCCCGAGCGCGCUGAAGUAAACCUUGCGCGUCCAAAAUGGAUGGUUGAGCCAGCCACCGGGACCAGUGCUCGUAGGAGCGGCAAUGGAGGAGCAGAGAAAAAGAAGGGACUAGUUAGUUGGGCCGAUUCCAAUCAGCUUCGCAAGACCCAGGCCCAUGGUCUUAAUUUCUCUAAGCCUAGAAAUACGUUCACUCGAAAACUUCCGACGAGCUUUGCGGAGUCAGAGGAGAACAGUGAUAACGAGUCUCAAAACAACGACGCGUGGGGCCAGGGGUGGGGGCCGUCUCGAUAG